CAUCGGCGACACCGGUAGAGGCGGCUACAGCGGUGGAGGCAGAGAUCCAACGCGUGCUCUCUGGGCGGGGUGCGGCGGGGGAUGUGCCUACUCAGGCCGGGCGGAGUCUCUCUGACAGGGCGGGGGAUGCGCGGCGCCCGCUCUCCUGGACCCUGAAGCUGCUGGGCCCACCCUUGCGGAACAGUCGGACCCUUGCUGGCUUUGGCCUCUCCUCUCUCCUCUGGCCUCACCCUGGGGCCGACGGUGGGAGGCGUCUUCCGCCAGAGAGUAGGGGCUGUGGUGGCCACCGCGGCGGAGCCGGAGAGAGAGAGAGGAAGGGAGAAAGAGAAGUACCAAUUGGUUGCCUUCCAUACGUGCCUGAACUGGGGACUGAACCUGCAAUCUAGUUCUUUUACCACGAAAAUGGUGUGGACAGUCUUGAACAUGUACCAUUCAUGCUGAUGGGACAAGAUCCAAUAUGAAUAUAAAUGAUGGAGGAAGACGACGCUUUGAGGAUAAUGAACACACAUUACGUAUAUAUCCUGGGACAAUCUCAGAAGGGACAAUCUACUGUCCAAUUCCUGCCAGAAAAAAUUCCACAGCUGCUGAGGUGAUUGACUCUCUUAUAAACAGACUUCAUCUUGACAAAACAAAAUGCUAUGUUCUAGCAGAGGUAAAGGAAUUUGGUGGAGAAGAAUGGAUACUCAAUCCAACAGACUGUCCAGUUCAACGAAUGAUGUUGUGGCCUCGAAUGGCUCUGGAAAAUCGCCUAAGUGGAGAGGACUACCGCUUUCUUCUGAGAGAAAAAAACCUUGAUGGGUCAAUCCAUUAUGGUAGUCUUCAGUCAUGGCUACGGGUGACAGAAGAACGUCGCAGGAUGAUGGAACGGGGUUUUCUUCCACAGCCUCAACAGAAAGACUUUGACGAUUUAUGUAGCUUACCUGAUCUGAAUGAGAAAACUCUCUUAGAAAACCUACGAAAUCGCUUUAAGCAUGAAAAAAUUUAUACCUAUGUUGGCAGUAUUCUAAUAGUGAUUAACCCAUUCAAGUUUCUUCCUAUUUAUAACCCCAAAUAUGUCAAAAUGUAUGAUAACCACCAGUUGGGAAAACUUGAGCCUCACAUUUAUGCUGUGGCUGAUGUAGCUUAUCAUACUAUGCUUCAGCGAAGAAAGAAUCAGUGCAUUGUGAUUUCAGGAGAGAGUGGUUCCGGCAAGACUCAAAGCACAAACUUUCUUAUUCACCACCUUACUGCUCUCAGUCAGAAAGGAUUUGCCAGUGGAGUGGAACAAAUUAUUCUUGGAGCUGGACCAGUACUUGAGGCUUUUGGAAAUGCAAAGACAGCUCAUAAUAACAAUUCAAGUCGUUUUGGCAAGUUUAUUCAAGUAAAUUACCAAGAAACAGGCACUGUACUUGGAGCCUAUGUUGAAAAAUAUCUACUGGAGAAGUCUAGACUUGUUUAUCAAGAGCAUAAUGAACGGAACUAUCAUGUAUUCUAUUACCUUCUGGCAGGAGCAAGUGAAGAAGAGAGAUUAGCAUUCCAUCUUAAACAACCAGAAGAAUAUCAUUACCUUAAUCAGAUAACAAAGAAACCUCUCAGACAGAGCUGGGAUGAUUAUUGCUAUGACUCUGAGCCGGAUUGCUUUACCACAGAGGGCGAAGAUUUGAGACAUGACUUUGAACGUUUACAACUGGCCAUGGAAAUGGUAGGAUUUCUUCCCAAGACACGAAGACAGAUUUUCUCUCUUCUCUCAGCAAUACUACAUUUGGGUAAUAUUCGUUAUAAAAAGAAGACAUACCGGGACGACUCCAUAGAUAUCUGUAAUCCUGAAGUUCUGCCUGUUGUCUCAGAUUUGUUAGAAGUUAAAGAAGAGAUGCUAUUUGAAGCAUUAGUUACGAGGAAGACUGUGACAGUGGGAGAGAAGCUUAUUUUACCAUACAAGCUGGCAGAGGCUGUGACAGUGAGGAACUCCAUGGCUAAGUCUUUAUAUAGCGCCCUAUUUGACUGGAUAGUUUUUCGGAUUAAUCAUGCACUUCUGAAUAGUAAAGAUUUGGAGCAAAAUACCAAGACUUUGUCUAUUGGUGUUCUUGAUAUUUUUGGGUUUGAAGAUUAUGAAAAUAACAGCUUUGAACAGUUCUGUAUUAAUUUUGCUAAUGAACGUUUACAGCACUACUUUAAUCAGCACAUCUUUAAAUUGGAACAAGAAGAAUAUAGAGCUGAAGGUAUCAGCUGGCACAAUAUAGAUUAUAUUGAUAAUACCUGUUGUAUAAAUCUUAUUAGCAAGAAACCAACAGGACUCCUCCAUCUUUUAGAUGAAGAAAGCAACUUUCCACAGGCUACAAAUCAGACAUUGCUAGACAAAUUUAAGCAUCAACAUGAAGAGAAUUCUUACAUUGAAUUUCCAGCUGUGAUGGAGCCUGCUUUCACCAUAAAGCAUUAUGCCGGGAAAGUAAAAUAUGGGGUAAAGGAUUUUCGGGAAAAAAAUACAGAUCAUAUGCGCCCUGACAUUGUAGCUCUUCUGAGAAGUAGCAAGAAUGCAUUUAUCUCUGGGAUGAUUGGAAUUGAUCCUGUAGCUGUUUUCCGAUGGGCAGUUCUUCGAGCUUUUUUCAGAGCUGUGGUUGCUUUCAGGGAAGCUGGGAAAAGACACAUUCAGAGCAAAACUGGACAUGAUGAUACAGCGCCAUGUGCGAUUUUGAAAAGUAUGGAUAGUUUUAGCUUUCUCCAACAUCCAGUCCACCAGAGGAGCUUAGAGAUUCUGCAGAGGUGCAAGGAAGAGAAGUACAGUAUAACCCGGAAAAACCCCAGAACACCUCUUUCUGACCUCCAGGGCAUGAAUACCUUAAAUGACAAAAACCAGCAUGAUAUAUUUGAUAAUGCCUGGAAUGGCAGAACUGGGAUUCGCCAGACCAGACUAUCAAGUGGCACCUCCUUGCUUGACAAAGAUGGGAUAUUCGCUAAUUCAGCUAGCAGCAAACUCUUGGAAAGAGCCCAUGGAAUUCUCACGAGAAACAAAAACUUCAAAUUGAAGCCUGGCCUUCCAAAGCACUUGCUAGAGGUAAAUUCUUUAAAGCACCUGACAAGACUGACCCUGCAGGAUCGAAUUACCAAGUCACUUCUUCAUUUGCACAAGAAGAAGAAACCUCCCAGCAUCAGUGCUCAGUUUCAGGCCUCGUUAAACAAGCUGAUGGAGACACUUGGUCAAGCAGAACCAUAUUUUGUAAAAUGCAUUCGCUCUAAUGCAGAAAAGCUGCCAUUAAGGUUCAAUGAUGCCUUGGUACUUAGACAACUUCGGUAUACUGGGAUGCUGGAGACAGUUCGAAUUCGCCAAUCAGGAUACAGCUGUAAAUACUCCUUCCAGGAUUUUGUGAGCCACUUCCAUGUACUUCUUCCUCGAAAUACUAUUCCAUCCAAAUUUAACAUUCAGGAUUUCUUCAGGAAAACAAAUAUUAAUCCAGACAAUUAUCAAGUUGGAAAAUCCAUGGUGUUCCUAAAGGAGCAGGAACGACAGCACCUACAAGAUCUGCUUCACCAAGAGGUGCUCCACAGAAUCAUAUUGUUACAACGAUGGUUUAGGGUCUUGCUGUGCAGGCAGCAUUUCCUCCAUCUGAGACAAGCAUCAGUUAUCAUCCAGCGUUUCUGGAGAAAUUACCUAAAUCAGAAGCAAGUCAUCAGAGAUGCAGCUGUGCAGAAAGAUGCUUUAGUUAUAGCUAAUGCAGCUACUCUCCUUCAAGCUUCUUGGCGUGCUCACUUAGAGAGGCAGCGGUAUUUGGAGCUCCGGACUGCAGCCGUCAUCAUCCAGCAGAGAUGGAGGGAGCACUACAGGCGGAAGCAAAGGGCUGCUAUUUGUAUACAGGCGCAGUGGAAAGGUUAUAGGGAAAGUAAAAGGUAUCAUGAACAAAGGAACAAAAUUAUCCAUUUGCAAUCAAUAUGUAGAGGAUUCAGAGUAAGACAGAGAUUUAAAGCUUUAAAAGAACAAAGACUAAGAGAAACAAAAAUAGAGCUUGGAUUGAUAAAUAUUGAACCAUAUGGUUCUGUGAAAAUUCAUGGUUCAGACCCUUCAGAAUGGGAGGAUUGUUCCUUUGAUAACAGAGUAAAAGCCGUAGAAGAAUGUAAAUCUGUGAUAGAGAGCAAUCAAAAUAAUUUAGUGGACUGCUGGAAGGAGUCCCCAAACAAGCGACAGGAGAGAGCCAGAAGCCAGAGUGGUGUGGACUUGCAGGAAGAUGUAGUUGUAAGAGAGAGACCCAAGUCCUUGGAGGAUCUCCACCAGAAAAAAGUAGGACGUGCCAAAAGAGAAAGUCGGAGAAUGAGAGAACUAGAACAAGCUAUAUUUAGCUUAGAAUUGCUGAAAGUUCGUUCUCUUGGUGGCGUGUCUCCUUCAGAAGAACGCAGAUGGUCUACGGAACUGAUGCCUGAGGGUCUUCAAUCCUUUCAGGGUACACCUGAAAGUGAAAGCUCUCAAGGAAGCUUGGAACUUCUCAGCUGUGAGGAAAGCCAGAAGUGCAAACUGGAGUCUGUAAUUUUAGAUGAAGGAAACUUGCAGUUUCAAUCACCUGAGAUAUCUAGAAGUCAAAAAUUUGAUUCACAGGACAAUGCCCUCAGUGCCUCAAGUGAGACUAAUUGUACAGUGAUUCAAAAGGGGGCACCCUCUGAAUCAGUGCAUUUGAAGAAUGGGACUAUGAAGGAAAAACUGGUUUGCAGUUCUGAAUCUAUUACCUAUAAGCCACCCCUGAGAGACCCCUUUAUUUCCAGUAGUCUGCCUACAUUUUUUUAUAUUCCUCACCAAGACCCACUGAAAACAAGUUCCCAACUAGACACAAGUAUCCAGAGAAACAAACUAAUGGAAAGUGAAGAAACACUUCCAGUUCUUACUUUAGAUACAAACAGGGAAGCCAGAAAGUACCACUUCUCAGGAGAAAAUCAAGUUGUUGCUUCUUGGAAUACAGAUUCUUCUAAUACUGUACUUAAAAAGUUGGAAAAGCUCAACACUGAGAAGGAAAAAAGGCAAAAGCAGUUGCAGCAACAGAAUGAAAAAGAGAUGAUGGAACAGAUUCGCCAGCAAACAGAUAUUUUAGAGAGGGAGCGUAAAGCUUUCAAGACAAUUGAAAAACCAAGAAUUGGGGAGUCUUUCCCAGUAUCAUCUUCCCAUCAGUCAAAGCAAAAAAUAGAGAGGCCAUCCUCUCUCCUCAUCCUCAAUACCCCAAAUAAGGAAGAAUCCGGUGUACUAGGGCCUCCAACAGUAACUGUAAAAGAUGCAGCUUUUGCCCGGAAAGACAGUCCAUCUGCUCACUUACCCGUGCAGGAUCAGAGCGUCUUCCUGUGCUUUGAAAGAAAAGGAGGCCUGUGUCAAUCUAGUACUGUUGAUGAAUUGUCCAAGACACACAGAAUGUGCACCCAACUGAAUGUAGCCUGUAACCUCUCUAAUAAUCACGUUUCAAAAAAAGAACACUUUAGACCAACUCAGGCUUAUGGCCACAGAUCUAAUGACCCUCCCAGAGACGGAACUACUAGGGCCAUUUUCUACACACCAAAGGAAAAUAUGAGUAUUCCCCUCAUCAGCAAGGAAUCCUUAAACAGUGGAAAUCUUCAACUCCGUAAACAAGAUGAACCAGCUCUGAAACCUGUAAAGUUAACUGGGCCGGGCCAAGGAGAGCAGGUUGCCAGACCGGCCCAUAAAAAGAAAGCUCGAAUGGCGCGGACGCGCUCCGAUUUCUUGACUAGAGGUACUUUUGCUGAUGGGGAGGGGGAUACAGAGGAAGAUGAUUACGAUGACAUUGAGCCCCUUCUCUCCCUUGACCAACCUUCUCACUCUGAGCUAGGGCCAGCACCCAGCCUGGGUCAGGCCUCUCACAGUGACUCCGAAAUGACGUCACAGCGAUUUUCUUCAAUUGAUGAAGAAACAAAGCUUCAUAAGACUAUGUCUCAAGGAGAGAUUACGAAAUUGGCAGUGAGACAGAAGGCUUCAGAUGUGGAUAUAAGACCCCAGAGAGCUAGGAUGAAGUUCUGGGCCAAAGGGAAACAAGGGGAGAAGAAGACCACCAGAGUGAAACCUGCCACCCAGUCAGAGGUUUCAGCACUCUUUGCUGGCUCAGAUCCGAUUCCAGCCCAUCAGUUUCCAGAUGAAUCAGCUCUCUACCAUCCAACACCUCCUUUGAGCCCAGAAUUGCCUGGUAGUUCCCAGAAGGAGUUCAAAGAGAACAAAGAGCCCUCUCCAAAGGCAAAGCGCAAGCGAAGUGUGAAGAUCAGCAGCGUGGCUUUGGAAUCUAUGCACUGGCAAAAUGACUCUGUCCAGAUCAUAGCAAGUGCUAGUGAUUUAAAAAGCAUGGAUGAAUUUCUUCUGAAAAAGGUGAAUGACCUAGAUAAUGAAGACAGCAAGAAAGACACACUCGUGGAUGUUGUAUUUAAAAAAGCCCUGAAAGAAUUCCGGCAGAAUAUCUUCAACUUUUAUUCAUCUGCAUUGGCGGUGGAUGAUGGCAAAAGCAUACGAUAUAAAGACCUCUAUGCACUCUUUGAGCAGAUUCUGGAAAAGACCAUGAGGCUUGAGCAACGUGAUUGGAGAGAAUCUCCAGUCAGAGUUUGGGUGAACACUUUUAAAGUGUUUUUAGAUGAAUAUAUGAAUGAAUUCAAGACUUUGGAUUGUAUGCCCCCAAAGGUGCCAAAAACAGAAAGAAAGAAAAGAAGGAAAAAAGAAACUGAUUUAGUGGAAGAGCACAAUGGUCACAUCUUUAAGGCCACUCAGUAUAGCAUUCCUACAUACUGUGAAUACUGUUCUUCUUUGAUAUGGAUAAUGGACCGAGCCUCUGUUUGCAAAUUGUGCAAGUAUGCUUGCCAUAAGAAAUGCUGUCUGAAAACCACAGCCAAGUGUUCUAAAAAGUAUGAUCCAGAGCUGUCAUCUCGACAGUUUGGGGUUGAACUGUCCCGUUUGACAAGCGAAGACCGAACUGUUCCUUUAGUGGUGGAAAAGCUUAUAAACUACAUUGAAAUGCAUGGACUGUAUACAGAAGGUAUUUAUCGAAAGUCUGGUUCAACUAAUAAAAUCAAGGAGCUUCGACAAGGUCUAGAUACAGAUGCUGAGAGUGUAAACCUGGAUGACUAUAACAUACAUGUCAUUGCAAGUGUAUUCAAACAAUGGCUUCGUGAUUUGCCCAAUCCACUCAUGACCUUUGAGCUCUACGAGGAAUUUCUUCGAGCUAUGGGCCUUCAGGAGAGGAAAGAGACAAUCCGUGGUGUAUAUUCUGUGAUUGACCAGCUCUCCCGAACUCAUCUCAAUACACUGGAACGCCUCAUCUUUCAUUUAGUCAGGAUUGCUCUACAAGAAAACACUAAUCGAAUGUCUGCUAAUGCUUUGGCCAUUGUGUUUGCACCCUGCAUUCUCCGCUGCCCUGACACCAUAGACCCACUGCAAAGCGUGCAGGACAUCAGUAAGACUACCACCUGUGUGGAGCUGAUUGUUGUGGAACAAAUGAAUAAAUAUAAGGCUCGUCUCAAAGACAUUAGCAGCCUGGAAUUUGCUGAGAAUAAGGCAAAGACCAGGUUGUCACUGAUUCGUAGAUCAAUGGGAAAGGGGCGUCUUCGUCGAGGAAACUGUCCAAGUCCAUCCUCUCCUGUUGCCGUGGGGUUGCCCCCCGUGUCCGAUGCCCCAGAAGAGGCCUUGACUGGUGAUGCAGCCACGGAGACGGACGUGACGGAGCAGCAGCGUGCGGCCAUGCAGCAGGAGGAGAGGGUGCUCGCUGAGCAGAUUGAGAGCCUGCAGAAGGAGAAGGAGGAGCUAACAUUUGAGAUGCUUGUACUGGAACCCCGUGCUUCUGAUGAUGAAACCCUUGAGUCUGAGGCCUCCAUUGGGACUGCCGAUAGCUCAGAGAACUUGAACAUUGAGUCUGAAGGUGCAGUCCCUGAGAAAUCAGAGAGAAGCUUAACCCUUAGCACCCUGAAGGCAGCUGGCAAGCCUGAGCCUUCUGGCAAGUUGAGAAAGCAGCUAAGAAAGCAGCACGACUCUUUAGAUUCAGUGGACUCUUCGGUGUCUUCUUUCUGUUCAUCUAACACCGCAUCUUCUCACGGGACCAGAAAACGAUUCCAGAUUUAUUCCAAAUCUCCGUUCUACCGAGCUGCCUCUGCUGGGGAGGCCGUGGGAGUGGAGGGCCCACUGGGCCAGACCAAAACCCUGGAAGACAAGCCUCAGUUCAUCAGCAGAGGAACCUUCAACCCUGAAAAGGGCAAACAAAAAUUAAAGAAUGUGAAAAGCUCACCUCAGAAAACCAAAGAGACCCCAGAGGGGACAGCGGUGUCCAGCCGCAGGAAGACUGCGGACCUGGACUGCAGCUCCGCCCAACAGCCAGCUCUCUUUGGAAAUAAUGAGUUCAUGGUCUGAACUGGCAGACACGUGUCCCUUCAUGGCCGCAGAGUGGUGAACACAUCUCAUCUUUAGGGUCCCUGCGCAUCACCUCGUCCACAAGAGUCCACCCUGAACGAGGCCCUGCCUCUCGCCCAAGCAUGCCAGUGAGACCUGGUGCGCUGAGUUCCUGGGCCUCACGGUGAAGUGGAAAGGCCUCUCGGAAGCCUGCUGGGGAUGGAGCCAACCGUGCCUUGGCUGCUGUAUUAGACUAGAGAUUCCACUAAUGAAGCCCCUUGGCCCGGGCCCGAGGAUUUGGGUCAGUUGUGGAGGCCUGUGUAGUCACCUCUCUUCCAUCCUCUCUUCCCUUUCCAGAGGUGGGUGUGGAACUGGGGCACACACUGUGGGCCUGAGGGACCCACUGAUUUCUGACAUAUGAAGAAAACAUACAAAUCUUUCUUAACCAUGAAAGCAAAAGCUGUUGGGUUUAUUUUGGGAUAGUGAGGAGCUGGGGUAGAAUAUACUUCUUUUCCAAGAAUUUAUAAACAAAAAGCCUGAGCCUUCUAUUUUAAGAUGUUUGAAUAACACUUCAUGUUCUAUUCUGGGGAAAGUGGAAAAAAAAACCAGUUGUUUCCAUCCGAGCUCGUCCCAGACCUCUGGUUACAGUGAGGAAGAGAGUAAUGUUUUGUUCUUUGGUGAUGUUGUAAUAAUAAUCGACGCUGGUUGAACUCCUCGUUAGUUUCUGCCAAAUAUAUUGCAUGGGCUGAAGUUCCAGUAGCCACACUGUUCUCUACUCCCUGGUCCCAGGAUCAGGUUUCUCUAUUUUUUUCAAAUGUCCCAGAGACAGGGUGAUCCCUAAACAUGAGGGUUUCACCCUAAUCCAUCCAAGGCUUUUCUCUUUGUAUAGAUUAAACUGAAGAUCACAUAUCCAGCUGCUGGUAGAUUUCAACCACAAACUCAAGACAAAUGAGUUGACCAUUUAAGCACUUCUCCCAGAACAUUCGCACACAAUACUGCAUGCAUAAGUGUUACAGAAAAGCUGCCAAAAAAGAAGAGAAAAGGUUUUCAGAUGAUCCAACUAACUUCUGUCUUCUUUUCCUCAGACCAUCAGUAUUAGAUUUUUUUUAAAUAUCAAGGACUACUUGAAGCUACUUUUGUUAAUAUUCUGGUUACUGAAGUUUAAUGUAAAUAUUUAUGUACAAUAUGCAUAUUUCUUUUUAACCUUAUGCUUCCCCCCUCCCACGGAAUUUCUUACCCCAGAUUAGGGAUCGUUGAGCAGGGAGGUGAGAGCCACGCGUCCCUGGGUUGAGGGAUAAGUCAGACCAUCUUUCACCACUAGGUGUCUCCACACACCUGAGCUGUAAUAGCAUUUUAAGCUUCUUAGCAUCUGGGGGAUUAGAAAUCUGUUUUUGCUAUUUAUAAUAUAUGGAAAAUGAAACAUGAUACCCUUUCUUGACAUAUGUAUGUGAAAAUGUUUAUUUUUAAAGUUACUAAAUGCAUCUUGUCUAACUACCACGUGCACUGUUCUAAAAAAGAGCCUUUACCAUCUGUAACCUGAAUUUUGGUUAUUCAUGCUUCUUUGAUUAGAAAUUAUGGAAAUACUAAGAUUUAUGUCAAGGCGGAGUCUCUUCCUGUUACACAACACUGAACCUCAUGCCACUGCUUAAGUGGUUGUCGAGCCCCGGAGCUGAGACUUAGGACAUCGUUCUGAGUGGCAGCUAAAGGUGUAGCAGGAAGGAGUCUUACCUGUCCUGGGUUUGGGUUCCAAAAUGUGCUGGGGAAAGGAAUCUUUAUACAUCUCCGGAAUGAUGAUAGUGAGUAAAUAUUUCAUUUUAAAUCCUGCAAAUGUCUGCCACCUUGCAUGCCGUCCUAAGGAGUGUAAAUGUAAAGCCUUUAAAAAUCUGACUUUGGGAAAAUCUGGAGGAAAACCCAGUCCCUCAGCAUGGUUGCGUCAAGGAGGGGUUGCUGCUGCCCCAGCCCUGCCAUCCGCCGUCUGGCCCGGUGUCUCUGGGGGUUCAGUGCUCCGCUGCUGCUGGGCACCGGUCAGUGCCGCACGAGGAGGGGGCACCCUGGUGGCCGACUGGCUUGGAGGACACGUCCUGGCAUGUGUUCUCCUUCUAAACCUUUGUGGGUCCUUCUGUCGUUACUGUUUGCAGAAUAAGUUUUUGGCAGUCAAAAAAAACUACUCAUAUAGGACACUUUAUAGAACUCGGCAACGGAUGUUAAGAUGUUAAGAGACUUUAUAAUUUUUCUCAGGGACCUGAAACCUGAUUUUCGAUAAAAUUAAAUAAAAAAAUACAUGUUUUUCAGUUACUAGAUUUGUGGAUUUCUAGUCAUUUAACAAGCUGCCAGAGUGGGGGGCGAUGGGGAGGAGAGAUGUGGGCAGUGGCAGGCAUGGGGACGAGUGUGGGGCCCUCCCUCUGAAGGAAGGACAGCCAUGUCUUGUGAGGCGAUAGGUAUUGUUGGCCUGAGAAAGAGGUGACACCGUAAGUCUUAAAAACUGUCAGAGUCGAGUGCUGCGUCUCCUUCCACUCGAUCUGCACCGAUCCUCUUCCUGGUUCGGGUUAUGUCACCACAAAGUGAGCUGCGUGCAUUGCAGUCACUUACGACUGAGCUGUUUGACCUCAGUGUGUGUCACCUCUGUACUUCCACGGCUCCUCCUUUGCCUGUUCUCUUUGAUCUCAGACAAACGCCUGUACAGCAGCAGCUGGGCAGCCCCACACUCGGAGCUCAUCUUCCAAAAUGAAGCCCAUUCUGUUCCUAUCACACCUUCCCAGUCCCAGACAAAGCCCGGAUUUCAAUUCUCCCCAUUUAAAGCCACCACGCUCCUCAUCAUGAAAAAUGUGAUGGCAGCAGAGAAGUCUAAUUUGGGGUCACAUUGGGUAUCACAAAAUGAAGCGAAUGACUUUAACAGCAGAUACAGGGAGGGUUCAGGGAGGUGACGUGCUUAGUUUGUAAUGUACUUUGUACUUCCGCCAGUUGAAUGUUUUUGCUACUCGGGGCUUCUGAAAGCACAAAGGGAGAUACCACCUUUCCUGCAGGAGCCUCGCAGAGGCAGUGGGACCUGAGGUCAGGGAAUGGGGUGCUGGAUCCCCGCCGCCUUCUCACUCCUAAGAAACCAGCCGCAGCUCUUCACUAACCUCUGCUGGAAGGUGAGCGGAGACUUCUUCGUUCUAUCACGAUGGGGUUGCUUUCACGGUCACAGACAGAGGAUCCCAGAGACUUGCUGAAAAGAGGAGGUCCAGCCAGGAGCCACAGGCCCACUUCAGGGCCUGUGGGUCUUGGUUUUUUAAACUCAAAACUAAUGAAUGUGUACAUUUCUAGUUCACUUUGGUGAACUAGAGAGAAGAAAAUGUUCUCAGUAUGCGUUCAAAGCUAUGAGAGUUUUAAUUUAAAAAAGAAACACAGUCCAGACUGCUUUUCUCAUCCUUCUCUCCCCUCCUUUUUUUCCCUGGAUGGGGAGCUGGACGUGGGCAUGCAUCCUUCUGUGUUGACAAACACGUCACGUCACCCGUAAUUUUGUGACAGCUCUCCUACACUGCCCCUCAGCGCCACACUACCCUGGUGGUAAAAUUUCUUGGUAUUUAUGGGAGUCCUCUUUCUACGCCCCUAAAACACUUUUAACCACUUUUCUCUGGAACCACUCCCACAUUUGAUCUGGUAUGAAAUGGUGACAGCGGAAUGAUGAGUGUGGGCAUGAUCUACUUGGUUUUAUUGGUCUCCUGGUUGAAACUUUUCAAAAAAAUCUCCACUGAGGGGCCGUCACCUUGCUGUCCAUCCACAUUGAAUCCCUGUUUCUUAGCCUUCUUAGGCCAUGUUAAAGUUGCACCUUUUGAACACGUAUUUACUAGGGCAAAGAAAGGUGUGUACUACAGAUUAGUGUUAUUUUAAUGGAUUUAAAUAAUUUAUAAGUAUGCUGAGUGUAAAUUUUUAAAUGACUAUGUAUUGUAAAAGGACAUAUCCUGUGAAAUACAAUAUUUUACUGUUCAACAGAAUAAUUCUCAAAGAAGAAUGAUUUAUCUCACCCAUGGAACUGAUUACUUCCUGGUAACAACCAACAGGCACUUUGUAAUUUCUUUUUGUUUUUUGGGGGGGGCUGUCGGGAAGCAAGACAUCGUCUGUAUAAAGUCCCGUCUGUAUCACUCACAGUAUGCACUGUAUGGUUACACAAGCAGCUUGAACAAAUCACUCCAAUGGCUCAUUAAAGAACAAAAGCUUCCAGAAGCCGCAA